CGACCUCACAGACCACCAACUCAAUUUCGACUUCUCGGGUGUCUAACAAAGAUCAUCCGGUAGGAAUAGGGCUCGCUCCUUUCGUAGACAUGAACAACUCAGCAUUUCUGAAACCCAAACAAUGAGCCGAUUCGUCAUGCGCGCGGCUCAGGACAAUUCCCAGCCUCGCCAUUUCGUGUACAUUCGACGUGGCUGGGUUUCUAAUUCCAACAGGGUUCUCGCUCAAUGCCAGCACCAUGACAAGUUCUCCCCUCGUUGUUUUCGGCUCAGAAAUUUAAUGAAGGUCACUAACAUACACAUGUUUCUUGUUGACAAGUAUACAAUUUGAACUUACCCAAAUCCCUAGUUUUGCCACAUAUCUAUCAAUGCCUACAGUUCUCACUCCCCACGGCUGGGUCAAAGUUGCCCCAGCUCCUCGCAAGAAGCCGAUCAAAGUUGUUGACCCUGCCAAAGCACUCAAAGGGCCAUUGGCCUAUUUCAGUUGCCAACCUCUUCCGCCUACCAAGAAAGAUGAGACCGUCAAACUCGAUUUUCCCUACGACUUAUCUGCGUCUCCGGAGAAAUUGAAGCGACAUUGUCAGACUCAAGGUCAGGCAAAGAUUGGCGGCAAGAACAGAACAAUUUCGGCGCCUCAGCCGGAACUACGUCUUGACACCGAUAGCGAUUCAGAAGCGGAUAUGGACACCAAAUCGCAAUCGGCUGCCUCUUCCAUCAGUGGCGCCUCUCCAUCACGAAAGUCUACCCGCUCACAGCGUUCUACUAAACCACGAGCUAUGGACCGAUCACACUCACCAUCGCCGUCUCGUCGAUCUUAUACGCGACAUCGUCCUGUCGAGGCCGCUCCACGACCUGUGAAUUCUUAUUAUCCGCCAUCUGCUCCCUAUUCUUCCGGCCUGAGUUAUAACGGCUACGGCCAGCAAGGAAUGUUUGAGCGACCACCUCCGCCACAGAACGCACGGAGUAUGUCGUACAGCUGGUACAAUGCUACGACGCCAUUGAAUUUGUGACGUACAGACUAGGGUAUCUGUUGAAAUGGGAUCCGGCGUUGAGUGAUUCUUUUGCGGGCGCUACUUGUCUUAUAAUGCAGCCAUUGGGGGAAUGGCUUUGGCUAUGCAAAUUUUGAGGAUCUUUUUAUACUCUUUGCAGGCUCUAGUGCAGUCUUGUCUUGCAUGGUUUCAAACAAUUGAUUGCUGUACACAAGCAAAAUCUCAGAAAUCCUCUCGUCAAUUCAUGUGCGCUGCACUGAUACCAACCCAUUUGUACUGUAAGGGCGACUGGUACACCCGUCAUUGGCAAAUAGCCAUCGUCAAACCCUGUCCUGUU